AUGAACGGUGCGCCCGGGCCGCCAGUGUCGCAGAUCCGGGGCAACACGCUGCGCGGGGCGGAGGUGGCGGAGGCGCUGGCGGCGGCCGCGGCGGCCAGGGCCCGGGAGCACUCCGCCGCCGCCGCCGCCCUGGACCCCGCCCUCAGCUCGCUGCGGCACCGCGUCGCCAGGGCCCGCCACGCCGCCGGCUCGAUAUCGGUGUCGGUGACGUCACCCGCGGGGGCGGCGGGGGCGGCGGGGGCGGCGGGGGCGGGGUGCGCGCGCGCCUUCCACGUGUCUGGGGGCGGCAGCGUGACGCGACUGGCGCUCGCCGUCUCCUUCGACCACGCCGUGAGGAACGGCACCCUGCUGAUGCUGGAAGACCAGGAGUCGGAGCGCUUUAUGAAGCUCGCCGUGGAGAAGGAGAGGCUACUCCUGACGUGGGACGUGGGCUCCGGGCGAGGGGUGGUAAUCCACCCGGAGCGUUUGCAGCCCACACACGACGAUGCCGACCACUUGUCGUAUCGAAUAGAAAUCGAGAGGGUCUGGAGCGCGGUGCGCCUGCGGGUGGAGCGCGCCGGCGAGGCGGCGGUGGUCAGCGCGAACGGUACGGGCGGCGACGCGGGUGGCGCGCUGGCCGCGGGCCUUCUGUGGCUGGGCGAGCCGGGCGCGCCGCUGCCGGGCUGCGUCCACGCCCUACACGCGGACGACCGCGCCCACGGACUGUGGGCCUUUGCGAGACAGCCGGCGGACGCGCGCUGCGUCGCCUGCACGCACAGGUGGUACAGCCAGGCGGCCCGCGGCGAGCCAGCGCUGAUGUGGUUCGGCGGCGCUGGCUACGCGGAGCUGAGGCGGGCUGGCCUGCGCCCCGCCGACCGCAGACACUUCAGCCUCUCGUUCACCUUCCGCACCAGGGACGAGGACGCCCUCCUCUUCAUGGCCCUGGAUGAGGCGAAUAACCGCUCGGUGUCCGUGGAGCUGGUCUCGUGCCGCGUGCUGUUCCGCGUGGUGUACGCGCGCUCGCGGCUGGAGAUCGCCGCCGGGGGGCGCCACUGCGACGGCAGGCCGGCCCACGUUCAGGCCAUACGGGUCUUCGCCGCCAACAAGCUGGAGAAAGGCAGCCUGCGCGUGAACGGCGAGGAGACGCUCGGCUCGCCGACGCCGCCCGUGCAGGAGGCGGCCGCCCUGCCCGAGGCGGGGGCGCGCUUCUUCGUGGGCGGCGCGCCCCCGGGGGCGGCCGUGGCGGCGCGCCCCCUGCUGGGCUGCCUCGGCGCGCUCGCCGUCGACCGCCAGGGCUACGACCUCAUGGACACGCCGCACCGCCACGGCCUCGAGCGCUCCUGCGGCGCCAGGACGCUGCGCUCGGCGAUCCUGGACGGCGAGGGCUACAUCGAGCUGGCCGCGCCGGCGCUGCGCCGCCGCGUGACGCUCGGCCUGUCGUUCCGCUGCCGCGCCGGAACCGCGCUGCUGCUGUACCGCGCCCCGGCCGGGCCUCGCAGCGCCCUGGACGACGACACCGACGGCGACGACAACCACUACCUGGCGCUCGCCAUGGUUGCUGGGGAGCUGGAAGUAAUCGCCGCUGCGGGCAAGGGUGAGCUGAGGAUGCGCUUCAACGGCACCAAGUUCAACGACGGCAGAAGGCAUACCGUGCGCCUGGUGCGAGCCCAUAAACAGCUAGAGGUGUGGGCGGAUGAGCGUAAGCUGGGCGGGGGCGCGCUGGCGGGCGGAGGUCUGGCCGCGCGGCCCAGGGGCCUCUUCCUCGGCGGCGCUCCGAGGGCCCUUCGGCCUACCAACGCCCCGCCCACUGCAUUGCCCACCGCUGGACUUGCGGGCACGAUCGCCGAUUUCAUCGUUGACUCCGAGCUGAUAGGGCUGGAGGGCGCGGUGCACUGGAGCGGCGCGCAGCUGGGCCGCGCCGAGAGCGACCCGCACGAGGACGCCUCGGAGCCCCGCGCGCUCCACUCGCAGCCGGACGCCGUCGGCUGCUCGAAGUCUUUCUCAAACCAAACGAACGUCACGCGGCACUAUCUAAAGCGCAACUUCAAUACUAAUCCGGGACUAGGGCUGCGCCCCCUAAACCAUGAUGAGGACAUUAGGGAUGUGCCGAACCCAACCAGCGAUCAAUCCCACCGACAGAGCUCCUCGUACACCGUGGAGGCGGGCGCGGCGAAGUUCGGCGACUCGGCCGGCAGCCACGCCACGCUCAAGCUGCCCGCGAAGGGGGAGAGGGGUCGCGGGGGCAAGGCGGAGAGGGGCGAGAGGGGGGAACUCCUGCUGGCGCUCCACUUCCGCACCUUCGCGACGGACGGCCUGCUCCUACUGCUCCCGGGUUCGAAAGCGAAACCGAAGCAUUACAUGGCGCUGAUGGUCCGGGAGGGGAAGCUGAAACUGAUAGUACGCGGAAGGAGGCGCCGGGAGCUCUCACUCGCCGCGUUCGUGGCUGACGGCACCUGGAGAUCUGUGUCGGUGCGCAUCGGGCGGGCGCGGCUGGUGCUGGAGAGCGCGGGCGCCGCGGCCACGGCUCGGGCUCCGCCCCUCGCCCGCGCCUCCAGGCUCUACGUGGGGGGGCUGCCCGCACCCGCCGCCCUGCCGCACCUCCCCAACAAUACCGAGACGGUGGUGGACCGUGGGGUGGGGGGGCAGGUGGUGCACAAAAGCCGUCAUAAGGCCGAGACGGUGGUUGACCGCGGGGUGGGGGGGCAGGUGGUGCGCUCGGGCGGGUUCGUGGGGUGCGUGCGGCGCGUGGCGGUGAACGGGCGCGCCGAGGACCUGGUGCGGGACGCGCAGGCGCACCGCGGCCUCGGCCAGUGCUUCCCCAGCGUCGAGCGCGGCGCCUACUUCGCCGGUGAUGCUCAUGCGGUGUGGUCGAGUCGCUGGUGGAGUGAGGACAUGGAGUCGGUCGAGCUUAAACUACAGUUCCGAACCACAGCGCCCAACGGUGUGCUCAUGGCGGCGGGGGGUUUCGUUCUGGAGCUAAGAGAUGGCGCUGUGGCGGUGAGCGUGGGCUCGGCGCGGGUGGAGUCGUGGGGCGCGGGGGGCCGCGCGCUGUGCGACGGCGCGUGGCACCGGGCGCGGGCGCGCGUGUGGCAGGCGGCCGCGCUGCUGGCCCUCGACGGGGGGCCCGAGCAGCGCUCUGCCACGCUGCUGCCCGCCGCGCUCAACGCCCCGCUGCACAUCGCCGGCCUUCCUGAGGGCGCUCUGGACACGUCGGAGGGUCGGGAGAAUUUCAAGGGGUGCAUACGCGACGUGAGCGUGUCGGGACAGGCGCGGGACUGGCGCGACAUGGACUCCCUGCACAACGUACUCCUGGACUCGUGUCCCAUUGCACAG